CCCCGAGGCCGCCCCCGGCAGCUGCCCAGCUGCUCGCCCCCGCUCCGGCAUGGCCGUUUUCGACACCCCCCAGGAGGCCUUCGGCGCCCUGCGCCCCGUCUGCGUGCAGCUGACCCGGGCCCAGACGCUGGAGAACGUGGGGCUGCUGCGGGCGCGGCUGGCGGCGGUCAGCGCCCCGGCGCUGCAGGAGCUGCAGGAGUACGUCCUGUUCCCGCUGCGCUUCGCCCUGCGGCUGCCGGGGCCCCAGCAGGAGCGGCUGGUGCAGAGCCUGGUGCAGUGCAUCUCCGCCGUGCUGGCCGCCACCUGCCUGAAGAAGCCGGAGCUGCUGCGGGAGCUCUUCUCCGAGCUCUGCUCCUGCCUCUCGCCCCCUCCCAGCUCCGGCAAAGCCGCCCCGCUGUCGGAGGAGCUGAAGCUGGCCGUGAUCCAGGCGCUGCACACCCUGCUGCACGCAGCCCGCGGGGACGUUGUCCUGUCCCUGUACCAGCCUUCCACCCUGCCCCUCCUAGGAUUUGCUGUCUCCUUGCUCCUGGGCUUGGCAGAGCACGAAAAAGCAAAGCAGAUCAAGGUCUCUGCGCUGAGGUGCUUGCAGGUCCUGGUGCUGCAGUGUGACUGCCAGGAGCACCGGCCCCUGGCUGAGGACGAGGUGCAGCGGUGUGGGGAUCUCUUUGCUUCCUUUCUGCCUGGGAUGUCCAUCACACUGUCCCGGGUGAUCACUGGGGACAUCAAACAAGGCCACAAACCUGUUGUCUCUGCCAUCAGACUCCUCUAUCUGACCCUUGGCUCGGUGAUGGCUGACGCCCAGCUAGCCAGAGCGCCGCAGAGCAAAGAAAAGCUGCCGGCGGAGCAGUGCAGGAUAGCGGAGCUGAUGGUGCACAGAGGACCCGAGUGGAGCAGAAGCACUGCUGCCAAGCUCGCUCUCCUCCUGCAGAGAGUGGUUGAGUUUUCCUCCGUUCACCCCCACUGGAAAGUGAGGCUGGAGCUGGUGGAGCUGGUCCACCACUUGCUGGGCAGCUGCAGCCGGUCGCUGGUGGACUCCUUCGGCCACCUCCUGAAGGCCUUGGUGGGGCUGGUGAGCGACGAGAGCGGCGAGGUGCGCGGCCGCUGUCGGGAGGUGCUGCAGGGCAUCGCCGAGCAGGGGGUGGUGGCUCAGAGCAGGGCUCUCGCCGACGUCCUCUCCGAGAACCUCCACUCCCUCGCCACGGCCCUGCCCCGCCUGAUGAGCUCCCAGGAUGACCGGGGCAAGGUCGCCACGCUGAGCCUCCUGCUGGGCUACCUCAAGCUGCUGGGCCCCAAGGUCGACGCCGUCCUCCGCUCCGCGUCCCACCUCCAGCGGCUGGCCCAGGCGCUGCUGCAGGUCCUGGAGCUGGACGUGACCGACGUCAAGGUCGUGGAGGAGAGGCGCUGGGGCCGGGAGGGACCCCCGGGGCCCUGGCAGCAGGGGCUGGGGGGGGGCGGCGGCUGCCAGAGGAAAUACUUCCGCUUCUUCACGGAGGAGAAGGUGCUGCGGCUGCUCCAGCAGGUCUGCCGCGUCCUGGGCUACCACGGCAACCUCUACCUGCUGGUGGACCACUUCACGGGGCUGUACCGCCGCUCGGGGCUGUACCGCAGGCAGGCGGCCAUGGUCCUCAACGAGCUGGUGACGGGGGCCGCCGGGCUGGGGGUGGACGUCCUGCGGCCCAGGGAAGCGCCCGUGGGGGCGGACGAGCUCAGAGGCGCCGUGGCGUCCAUUCUGGACGAGUACACCGAGCAGGCCAACUGGUACCUGCCGACCGGCGCCGAGGCGGAGGAGCCGGCGCGGGGCUGGGGCGGCGGCGGCGCGGGAGGCCUCGUCCUCGCCCCCCCCGAGCCGCCCGGCGCCGCCAACGGCAACGUCUGGCAGCUCUGCAUCCAGCUGGAAGGCGUCGGCCGCUUCGCCGCCGCGCUGGGCAGGGCCUUCCGCCCGCUGCUGCUCUCGGCCCUCUACCCGGUGCUGGAGAAGGCCGGGGCCGGCACCCUGCUGGUCAGCCAGACGGCGCUGGGGACGCUGGGGGACAUCGGGGAGGCCUGCGGGUACCCCUCCCUGCGGGCUCUGAUCGCCGACAACGCGGACUACCUGGCCGACGGCGUCGCCCUGGGCCUGCGCCAGCCGGCGCUGCGGCCCCACGCCGCCCGGGUGCUGGACGCCGUGCUGAGGCACUCGGACGCCAGCCUGCUGCCCCUGGUGGAGGACGUCAUCCGGGAUGUCCUCUCUGCCCUGGAUCACUCCUACAACGAGCAGGCCGCCGCCUUCCUCGGGGUCCUCCGCUCGGUGAUGACAGCUUUAGCUGCCUGGUUUGGACCCUGCUGUGAUGAGGAGCAUGGCCGUGGCCAGGCUGGGCAGAGCUGGAGCAGAGCUGUGUCCCAGGGCCAGCAGGUGGUGACAAAGCAGGAGGUGCAGCAGUUCUUCCUGGACUACAUCAGGCAGAAGCAGAUGGCAGAGGGAGAUCUUCCUGAGACAGAGGAGGAGGAGGCAGGGGCAGAUGAGGUUCCCCCACUGGCUGGCCCAGAGCUGAGCAGCUGUGCCAUGGAGGAAGAGGCUCCCCUGCCCAGCCAUGCUCAGCUGGCCAAGGCUGUGAUGGAGAGGUGCAGCCACCUGCUGUCCCAUGAGAGCCUCCACCUGCGCCUGAAGGUGCUGGAGGUGCUGGAGCUGUGUGUGACCGUGCUGCAUCCCCAUGGCAGCCAGCUGCUGCCCCUGGCUCACCGGGCCUGGCCGCCGCUGCUCAGCCGCCUGCUCAGCGACCACCCCCUGGCCGUGCUCAGGGCCUUCAAGGUGCUGUGUACCCUGGCUGAUAAGUGUGGGGACUUCCUGAGGCAGAGGUUCUCCAAGGAUGUGCUGCCCAAGCUGGCCCAGUCCCUCCUCAGCCAGGCCCCAGCAAGUGCCCAAGCUGGCCCUGUGUACAGCCACAGCCUGGCCUUCAAGCUGCAGCUGGCUGUCCUGCAGGGGCUGGGCUCCCUCUGUGAGAGGCUGGACCUGGGAGAGAGUGACCUGAAUCAAGUGGCAGAUGCCUGCCUGCCCUACCUCAGUGCCAGGCAGCCCAGGAAGCUGCAGGAAGCUGCCCAGAGUGUCUUCCUCCACCUGAUGCAGCUGGACCCUGACAGCACCUGGCUGCUGCUGCAGGAGGCCUGCCCCCGCGGGUUCCCCUCCCCCCCCCAUGCCAGCCUGCAGCCGGUGGAGCUGGGGGGCAGGGCCAGGCCCGGGGGAGAGCUCAGCCACAACGUGCAGCUCCUGCUGGACAGGCUGGGGCAGCAG